AUGCCGCUGGAGGCGCAGGACGCGCUGUACGUGGCGCUGGAGCUGGCGCUGGCCGCGCUGUCGGUGGCGGGCAACGUGCUGGUGUGCGCCGCGGUGGGCACGGCCAGCGCCCUGCAGACGCCCACCAACUACUUCCUGGCGUCGCUGGCGGCGGCCGACGUGGCCGUGGGGCUGUUCGCCAUCCCCUUCGCCGUCACCAUCAGCCUGGGCUUCUGCACCGACUUCUCCAGCUGCCUCUUCCUCGCCUGCUUCGUGCUGGUGCUCACGCAGAGCUCCAUCUUCAGCCUGCUGGCCGUGGCCGUGGACCGCUACCUGGCCGUCCGCGUCCCGCUCCGAUAUAAGAGUUUGGUCACUGGAAGCCGAGUGAGAAGAGUCAUUGCUGUCCUCUGGGUGCUUGCCUUUGGCAUUGGACUGACCCCUUUCCUGGGCUGGAACAGUAAAGACAGUGCCACCAACUGCACGGAGCCCAGGGAUGGAACCAUGAAUGAAAGCUGCUGCCUUGUGAAGUGUCUUUUUGAGAAUGUGGUCCCCAUGAGCUACAUGGUAUAUUUCAACUUCUUCGGGUGUGUCCUGCCCCCCCUGCUCAUCAUGCUGGUGAUCUACAUCAAGAUCUUCAUGGUGGCCUGCAAGCAGCUGCAGCGUACCGAGCUGAUGGACCACUCAAGGACCAUCCUCCAGCGAGAGAUUCACGCCGCUAAGUCCCUGGCCAUGAUCGUGGGAAUUUUUGCUUUGUGCUGGCUACCAGUGCAUGCCAUCAACUGUGUCACCCUUUUUCAGCCAGCUCAUGCUAAGAAUAAGCCCAAGUGGGCAAUGAAUAUGGCUAUUCUCCUGUCACAUGCCAACUCAGCUGUCAAUCCCAUUGUUUAUGCCUACAGGAACCAAGACUUCCGCUACACUUUCCACAGACUCAUCUCCAGGUAUGUUCUCUGCCAGACAGAUGUCUUUAAGAGUGGGAAUGGGCAGGCGGGGGCACAGCCUGCUCUCAACAUGGGCCUGUGA